AAGCAAACAUAGUAUUGAUGUUCACAUGAGAGUUCACACUGGAGAGAAACUGUUGAAGUGUUCACACUGUGACAAGAGAUUCAAUCAUUCAGGAAUCCUGAAAAGACACGAGAGGAUCCACUCUGGAGAGAAACCGCACAAGUGUGAUCAGUGCGGGAAGAGAUUCACACAAAAAGGACACCUUAAGAGGCACAUAAACGUUCAUACUGGAGAAAAGCCAUUCACUUGUGAUCAGUGCGGGAAGAAUUUCACACAAUCAGCACAUCUUAAAUAUCACAUGACCAUCCACACUGGAGAGAAGCUGUACACAUGUGAUCAAUGUGGCAAAUCAUUUUUGAGGGCAUCAUACCUGAAGAAACACAUGAGAGUUCAUACAAAGCAGAAGCUGCAUUUAUGUUAUUUGUGUGGAAAGAGUUUUUCACGUCUACAAAUUUUGAAAGAACAUCAGAAAACACACACUGGUGUGAGAGACUACAUGUGCUUUGAUUGUGAAAAGACUUUUACUUCAGUGAACAAUUUGAAACAGCAUGAGAGGAUCCACACUGGAGAGAAACCUUAUUUGUGUUCACACUGUGACAAGGGAUUCAGUCAGGCAGCACAUCUGAAAAGGCAUAAGAGGAUUCACACUGGAGAAAAACCUUAUGAGUGUUCACACUGUGACAAGGGAUUCAGUCAGGCAGCAUAUCUGAAAACACACGAGAGGAUUCACACUGGAGAGAAACCGUAUCACUGCACUGCAUGUGGGAAGUGUUUCAAUAAUUCAUCUGCUCUACACAGACAUACAAAAAACAUUCACAGUAAGUAGAUUAUCUUCAGAUCAGCACUUUCAGGUCUGAUGCUGCGUCCUCACACAAAUGAGACACAAUAAUGCAUUAAACAAUAAAAUAUCAUCCG